AGCGGGACAGCGUUUUGUGUUGCUGCCGAGUCGUUGCGAUGUCCGGCCGCGGGAAGCAGGGCGGGAAGGCGCGGGCCAAGGCCAAGUCGCGCUCGUCGCGGGCCGGGCUGCAGUUCCCCGUGGGCCGCGUGCACCGGCUGCUGCGCAAGGGCAACUACGCGGAGCGGGUGGGCGCCGGCGCCCCGGUGUACCUGGCGGCCGUGCUGGAGUACCUGACGGCCGAGAUCCUGGAGCUGGCGGGCAACGCGGCCCGCGACAACAAGAAGACGCGCAUCAUCCCCCGCCACCUGCAGCUGGCCAUCCGCAACGACGAGGAGCUCAACAAGCUGCUGGGCAAGGUGACGAUCGCGCAGGGCGGGGUGCUGCCCAACAUCCAGGCCGUGCUGCUGCCCAAGAAGACCGACAGCCACAAGGCCAAAGCCAAGUGAGCGCCCUGAAGUCUAAUUAGGAUACUGAACAAACAAACAAACAAAAAGGCUCUUUUCAGAGCCGCCCACAACGGUCAUAAAAGGUUGAGUCGCUCUCUGUGCUUUCGUUUCUUCUCGUGAACGCAAGCAGAAAUAUGUAAGCCUUUUUUUUUUCUUAAAAGUUUUUGCCUUAAGUUUGUUAUUUUCUGUUCUUGCCUGUCUCCUUUUCAUAGGGAGGUUGUUUUAUUUUUUAAAAAUUGUCUGUUCUACUGAGGCGUUGUUUAUUUAUUUGUUUCUUUUUUUUUUGUGUUGGUCUCCUAUUUUGUUUUUAAUAAAAUAUUUUUUUGUUGAUAAAA